UUUCCUGAAAACGCCCCGUGCAAGAAAACUCAAGUGACUGAAUAAUAAUAAUAAUAAUAAGGCUGCGCUGUUUAUGCAGAGAGGUGGGGGGUUGGACAUAGGCUGAAUUUGCGCCAGACUCUUCGAAGUUUCCCUUUACCUCCACCCUUCACUAAACUUUAACAGCAGUAUUCAGUUUAAGUGCCUCAGUCUCACUCUCACCGCUCCGCCGACCAAGGUCAGUGACAGUGACCGCCCACGGGAGUUGUCAACGCGGCACCAAACCUGCGCGAACACCGGCAGCUUUUUUUUGUUUUGUUUUGUUUUGUUUAACAUGGGAGUUUGACUCACUGGUUAUAGCUGAACAAACCACGGACCGCCGACUGUCGUCGUAUGGAGGAAAGACGGGAGUGAAUGAGCCAAACAAACAUUAUACGAACGUCUACAUUUGUGAGCAUUAAGCGAAGUGACACCAUGUUGGGAAACCCAGGGUCUUAUGCACACAAGAAGAGGAAGAAGCCUGUUCUCAAACAAAAGAAGACAUCUGAAGGUAAUGAUGCCGUCAAAUCAAACCCGUCAAAGCGCCACCGGGAUCGGCUAAAUGGGGAGCUGGACCGGCUGACGGAACUCUUGCCCUUUUCCGAGGACAUUCGGUCACGUCUGGACAAACUGUCAGUCCUUCGCCUCAGCGUGGGAUACCUGAGGGUCAAGAGUUACUUCAAAGCGACCAUGAAGAACAGUAACAACAGUCUGAUGUUACCCGGAGCGAAUGGGAACAACAUGGACACGGCCGGCUUCUCUGAGGGGGACUUGCUGCUCCAGGCACUGAACGGGUUUGCAGUGGUGGUCACAUCGGAGGGAUCUGUGUUUUAUGUCUCUUCCACAAUCAAGGACUACCUUGGCUUUCAUCAGUCGGACGUGGUUUAUCAGAGUGUGUUUGACCUCAUCCAUACUGACGACAGGGCCAUGUUCAGGGAGCAGCUUCACUUUGCUCUCAACCCCCCAGCUGCUGGUGCCGGUGGAGAUGGUCUGCAGAGCUGUGGUAAUGUGGUGAUGUACAGUCCUGAGCAGCUUCCACCAGAGAACUCAUCCUUUCUGGAGAGGAGCUUUGUGUGUCGCUUUCGCUGCCUCCUGGACAACUCCUCCGGCUUCCUGGCUCUGAAGUUCCAGGGGCGACUGAAGUACCUCCACGGCCAAAGAAUUUCCAAGGACAACGGGACCUGUAACAAACCUCAGCUAGCGCUGUUUGCCGUUGCCGUGCCGGUCCAGCCUCCGGCCAUUGUGGAGAUCAGAGCUAAAUUGCUCCUCUUUCAAACCAAGCACAAGCUGGAUUUCACACCCAUGGGUAUUGACAGCAGGGGGAAGGUUAUUCUGGGUUAUUCAGAGAUCGAACUGUGCAUGAAAGGCUCCGGAUACCAAUUCAUCCACGCAGCGGACAUGAUGCACUGCGCUGACAAACACUUGCAAAUGAUUAAAACAGGAGAGACCGGUCUGACUGUUUUCAGGCUCCUGAGUAAGUCGGGCAGCUGGGUGUGGGUGAAGUCCAACGCCAAGCUCAUCUACAAAGGAGGAAGACCCGAGUUCAUCAUUGCAUAUCAGAAAGCUAUAGUCAACUCCGAGGGUGAGGAGUAUCUGCGUCAGAGGGAGCUGCAGCUCACCUUCAGCGUCAUGACAGGAGAGGCCGUCCUCUAUAACACCGGCACCACGGUGGAUGUCGCCCAGUUUCAAUUCAAUAAACUGUUCGGCGACACGGACACACACAACGACGUGGUCCCCGGCUCUUUGGUCGACUGCUUCCUGAAACAGGACGAAGCGGUCUACAACCAGACAGUGGACACCCCCUCACCUUUGGACCAGUUGUUUAAUGAGAGCCGGGCCCUGGUCACCGUUCCUAGUGACGCGUGGCAAGAAACGGGGCCUACAGCUCCAACAGGUGCCCCUGUGGUGAAAGAGGAGGCCAAACAGUCAGCGAUAACGAUGAUCGACAACCUGGAAAAAAUGGCUCAGAACGGGGACUUCUGCACGGUGUUGCAGAAUCUGGACAUCAGCGAUUCGGAGCUGAUGGAGUGGGAAAACGCCAUCAAGAGAUUAAGUCAGGAUGAGAUUCAGCAGAGCAAUGUCAGCUCGGAGCUGGACAGCAUCCUCACCAAUGACAUAUUCGAUUACAUUGAUACUGUUUUGUUCAAGGAGAAGGAAGAAAACUGCCGCAGCAGCCCCAGCUGCCUCACGGCGGGCAACAGAGAUCAGCAGGAUCCGUUCGGUCAGGCUGCGCAGCUCUCGGCUAUGGGAGAGCUGUUUGAGACGCCGAGCCCUGAUCCUGCUUACUCUCUGAUGAAUGGCGUCUACGCUCACCAGCAGGAUACCAUGAACGUGAUCACGGGGCAAAACUUAACAGAGCCCGCGCAGGUGUUCAACGGCACCCAGAAACUCUCACACCACGCUCCCCUGAUCACACAGGCCGAAAACAACCUGCCCACUGUUCAACAACUGCAGCUCCAGGACAUUUUCAGCGCGUCUAUAGAGCUCCCAGAGCUCACUGUGCCUGACAUGUCAGCCCCUUUUCAGUCCUUUGGGCAGGCAUCUCUCAGGCACAUGGGAGUUUCUGGACAGACACAGUCCAGCCCACUUCUGAUGUGUCCUCAAAACAAUUUGCAAGCUCCUGAAAUGGCAGCGAAUGGACAGUUACUACAGAGCUCUGUUAAACAGCCAAGCAAUGUAGCACCCGGUGUAACGGACAUUUUGCCGCCACUGAUUCCUUGCAAUGGCUUUAAUUCCUCUAACGUGCCUAAUAUUCAGAUUCCCUUUUCCGCAGCAUGUCUGCAAGGAAGCCCCCCCCUGGAAACGCACAACCACCAGGUUCGGCAGUGGCCACAGAGCCAGCAGCAGAAGCUGCCUCCCGCUGGCAUCGUGCAGAACGGACAUGAGCUGAUGCCAGCAUGCCACAGCCAAACUCCAGGAGGCCAAACAUUCCCACGUGCUGGCCUUUUGCCAAGGAGUGUCACCGGACUGAACCACAGUCAGCUGGGAGGGCUGGCGUGUGGCCAGGCAGCUACUCAGAGCAGCUGCAUGUUUGACCAGCACUCUUCUUCCAGUCCAGCAGGAGGCGACAUUCUGACUCUGUCGAGGUCUUUGGGCUUGCGGCCAGGUGGCACUACUCUGGAUCAGAGUCCGCCUCCAGGUUUGUGUUAUUUCCAGUGGAACCACAGCAAGCCCGUGGUAGGAACAUCAGCCAUCAACCAGCAGAACGCCAACAUCAGUCCUCUGAGCGCCCCGCCCAGUAUGUCCUCCUCGGAGCACACGUUCAACAUUCAGCACUACCCGGAAUGUCACAGACAGACACAAGUCAACAUGUCCCACUCUGGGUUGGAUAAUUUUACCCAACAGGAAAACUAUGCAAGAAAAAGAAAAAUUAAUGAGAAAUAAUUCUUUUCAGGCCAUAAUUAAAUGUAGAAUCGAUUCCGUCGAUUUGUUAAAUUGUUAAAUUAAUCAGUUCACUGUCAAGUUUAUACAGUAUACAUACAAUAUGUCAGGAUGCAGAAACAAAAUACAGUUACAGUGACAAACAAAUCAAAAAUGUUCAAUUUACUGUGACGUGAAACAAAGGAAAGAAUCACACGCUCCACACUUGAGAAGCUGGAAUCACUAAAUAGUUUUCAAUUAUCAAAAAUAGCUGGUUGUUUCUGCACUUUUUUCUCAGCAGCAGCCAUUUUGACUGCUGUGAAAAAGGUGUGUUGAAUGUAAGAAAGAAAACAAAAACAGGAAUGUGGAAUAGCAUUAAAAUCGUUGGCUUAGUUAUCACUCGUAAAACAGUUACUUUACAUUCUCUGUUUGAAAAACAAACAAAAAAAAAACAGUUUCCUUUAACCGUGUAUCCUCUCUGCUGUACUCAGCGGGAUCAAACACCUUCCGCUGUACACAGCGCAAUAUUUCCUGCUCGUGACGAAGCCAUGAACCCGUCAGAGCCGGCAAGACGCAGUAUAGUUUGCCUGUAUCAGUCAGAUCAUCCUAUGUUUUAUAUCACUCUGUAUCAUAUGUACUUUGUCCAGUCCGCAAUGUUUAAAAGCUGUCGCUCGUCAGGUUUUAGUGAAGAUACACUAUGACAAUAAUAAUGAAGUAUAAAACCACAAGUGCGUUGCAGCAGGAUGGAGCUUGAGCCAGCUAGGAGGAUCAAGGUCAAGUCAAUCCAAAUAGCCAAAGACAGAUAUUUUUAUAGGAGGAAGCAGACGUGGUCACGUGCUUGUUUUCAGCCAGUCACAUACUAUCCACACAUACAUAUAAUGCGAAAAGAAUCACUGAAAAGGAAAUCACAGCUGUGCCUUCAAAUUCUAAAAUAAUGUGUUUUGCAAUUUGAAAUGAAAUCCUUGAAUGUGGUUGAGGUAUGUGUUUGCUGUAGCAGGUAUUGGUCUGCUUUAAUUCAGUUAAAUCUCAUAUGUACAGAAUACAUCUUGUUUGUCUGUGUGCAGUAUAAAUGUGCUUUAAUAGAGAACGCCUUCCGCUGAAGAUCUCAAAGCCCCGACAGAUACAGAAAUAAGCCGAGAAGAAAAGAUCAUUGUAUGGUUAGAACGUGCGGAGCUUCCACCCAUUUCCAUCCCGCAGCAGCUUUUUUUCUUACUCAUGCACUUCACCUGGUGUCAUUUCGAAUCGCGUGAAUUCGACGUGUAAUCAGCUGACUUAACAAGUUAUUGAGGAGAGCUUGCUAUUGUUAUAGUUAUUCUUGAUGUGCAGAGUUUAAAGGACACCGUCCCUAAAUCUGGAUGCAACAGAUGAAUAAAAACAACCUUCAGUUCACAGACGCAGCUCAGUCUGCAGCAGCUCUCACCCACAUAGAUUCUCCUAUAUUUUAGAAACACCCUGAAAUAUAUAUCACCUUAUAAGUUGUGCUUUCAUGCCAAACAGAGGCUGAAAAGUGUCUCUGUAUAUAUAUAUAUAUAUAUGUGCGUGUGUGUGUGUGUGUGUGUGCCUUCUUGUAUAAAGCAUCUUAAAAUAAUAUUUUCCUCAGUAAGAUGAUCCUUCAAACUGCACUACUAAAGGAAGACAUGUCCAUAGUAGAUGCAGCAUCCUUCCUGUAAAUGAAUGAGGUUUUAAUCCUAAAGUGCAUUUCAAGCCUGUGAGGAAAGACUAUUUUCCUUUUACACAAAAACGUCCCGAUCGAUGGAUGCAAGGGAAACAGGUUUCUUUCACUGAUGAACAGGACGAACAUGGACCUCACAGAGGCUUUAAACUGGUGUGACAGUGCACUCAGAUCAUAUUUACGUUGCUGUGUCUGUGUCCUGUUUGUGCUCUUCAGUCUUUUACUUUUUUUUUACUUUUUUUUCUGGGUCCUUUUUAAAAAAAAAAUCUGAUGUAAUAUCCACACUACAAAAAAAAAUAGCAUUAAUGGUUUAGCAUGAGCAAAAACAGCAUUAACAUGGCAGCUUGACCAUACUCCUGCUGCAACUGUAGGAAAUCACUCAGUAUUUUUGAAACUUUCCUUCUAUUGUGAAUGUUUUCGGACAGUACAAAGCUUAAAAAAAAAAAAAUGACCAUGUUAAGAAGUCUAAAGGUCUUUUAGGCACCGAUUAUCGCGGCCUUCUUUCCUGUGUCCUGAUUGCUCAUUGUUCUUUGCUGUAAGGAAAGAGCAGCGUCACUGUCGGCCCUGUAGAGGAGCUCAGUGUGAAGCAGCCCAUAAAUCAAACUUUGACGUCGGACUUUGAUACAGAUGUGUCAUGAUUGUAGCCACUAUAAAAACAGCCCGGAGCCAAAUGUUUUUGUUCACAGCCGUGUUCAUGUUUUGUAGCUAACAUGUGCUUUGACAGUUGCCAUAUUUCUAUUUGCAAAAAAAAAAAAAAGAAAGAAAAAAAAAGUUUAAUGUAAUACACAUAUAUCUCAUAUAUAAGUAAUUAUCAUAUCUAUAUCCAACCUGUAUGUUAAACAAAGAAACACCCUUUGUGGACCGUUUAAUGCUUUUUCAUAAAUACAUGUGUGCAAUGAUUAA